GCUUCCGCCGGGAGCGCGGGCGCAGGCGCAACACCGGGCCGGCGAGCGCGGACUGGGGCCGGGAUGGUGCUGGACAGCGUGGCCCGCAUCGUCAAGGUGCAGCUCCCCGCCUACCUGAAGCGGCUGCCCGUGCCCGAGAGCGUCGCCGGCUUCGCCCGCCUCACGGUUGCAGAAUGGCUCCGGCUGCUGCCGUUCCUCGGCGUGCUGGCGCUGCUCGGCUACCUGGCCGUCCGGCCGUUCCUCUCCAAGAAGAAGCAGCAGAAGGACAGCUUGAUCAAUCUCAAGAUUCAGAAGGAAAACCCUAAAGUGGUGAACGAGAUCAACAUCGAGGACCUGUGUCUCGCCAAGGCUGCGUACUGCCGGUGCUGGCGAUCCAAGACGUUUCCUGCCUGUGAUGGGUCACACAACAAGCACAAUGAGCUGACGGGCGACAACGUGGGCCCGCUGAUCCUGAAGAAGAAGGAGGUAUAGCCGACGAGCAGGCACCAAGUGGGCCUGCGUAUCCUGGAAGAAGAGGAGGCCUCGCUGAGCGGGGUGCUGGGGAGCGCCCACACCCCCGGCCGCCCCUUCCGAGCACCAGAGCUUUCCCGUGGGCUUUCCCGAGGCCGUCUUAAUUAUUGCUACUGGGUAAUAGUUAAUUCUGCCCGUUUAUUUUCUUGCUACACUACUGUUUAUAUUUGAUAAUUUGUAUAUUCAACUAGUCCUUUAUAUAGAAAUUGAAUUGUGCACUCUUUUAUUCUCCCGUCAAAGAAUUAGUAGACCUUCCUGCAAUAAAACCAACAGAUCCAAAGCAGUCUGAGUACCGGGCUUUUGGACAGAACCUCA